CCGCACUCACGAAAUCCCUACACGUACGUAGGUUCUCCCCACGCUAAUCCUCUCUCCCCCCAGUCCCCACCCGCUUUCCCGUACCAUUUUCCCCAUCCAACACUUAAUUGGGGAACCAGGAUUCCUCACGUGCGAAGUUGAUUUGUAGUUUGAACACGUGGCUCAUUCAAAAAAGCCGGAAUAUUCAAGAGAUUUUUUCUUCUGGAUUUUAUUCAGAGGCGGCGCCAGCAUUAACGUAUGUGACAUUUUCAGUCUUUCUGCCAAAGGGGUUCGGGGGAAGACAAAAAGUACUUUUCUCCUGCUUUCUGCCCAAUCCGCCAUCGUUAGGAAAGGCUGAAUAAAUAAUUACGAAUUUAUUUUGCGCGAUAGACGGGGCGAGCGAGCGCGGUACAUUGAUAGGCUUCCUAUUAAAUAUAUCGAUAGCUAGCCUAAAUAGGGAAGCAUAGUCUACUCUGUUUUGUGAUAGUGCGUUUCACCAUAAGACUACAUCUGUAAGGAUAAAUCACCUUUUUCUGCAGAAGGGUUGGCAUUUUUUCCGCGCUUGACACCAUGAAUAAGCUCUAUAUCGGCAACUUGAGUGAAGAAGCGAGCCCGUUGGAGUUGGAAAGUAUCUUCGAGGAGUGGAAGAUCCCUUGCAGCGGCCCGUUUCUUGUGAAAACGGGUUAUGCGUUUGUGGAUUGCCCCGACGAGAAGGUGGCUAUGAAGGCCAUAGACAUUCUUUCAGGUAAAGUAGAACUUCAUGGAAAACUUCUAGAAGUGGAACAUUCUGUCCCUAAAAGACAAAGGAGCUGCAAGCUGCAGAUCCGGAACAUUCCGCCGCACAUGCAGUGGGAGGUGUUGGAUGGCUUGUUAGCUCAGUAUGGCACUGUGGAGACCUGUGAGCAAGUGAACACAGAGACGGAGACUGCCGUGGUCAACGUGAAGUAUGCUGUGAAGGACCAGGCCCGACUGGCUCUGGAGAAACUGAAUGGGUUCCUGAUGGAGAACUACGCCCUGAAGGUGUCCUACAUCCCGGACGAGACCGCAGUACAGGAGCCGCCCCCCGUGACGGGACGGCGCGGCUUUGCCCCCCGGGGCCCCCCCCGGCAGGGGUCGCCGGGGGCGGGCGCGCGGCCCAAGGUCCAGUCCGACGUCCCGCUGCGCAUGCUGGUACCCACGCAGUUUGUGGGGGCGAUCAUCGGCAAAGAGGGGGCCACCAUCCGCAAUAUCACCAAGCAGACGCAGUCCAAGAUCGAUAUUCACCGGAAGGAGAACGCGGGGGCCGCAGAGAAGCCUAUCACUGUGCACUCCACCCCGGACGGUUGUUCCGCUGCCUGCAGGACCAUCAUGGAGAUCAUGCAGAAGGAGGCACUGGACACCAAGUUUACUGAGGAAGUCCCCCUGAAGAUCCUGGCCCACAACAACUUCGUGGGCCGGUUGAUCGGGAAGGAGGGCCGGAACCUGAAGAAGAUCGAGCAGGACACCGACACCAAGAUCACCAUCUCACCUCUGCAGGACCUCACGCUCUACAACCCCGAGAGGACGAUCACGGUGAAGGGGACCAUCGAGGCCUGCGCCCGAGCUGAGGAGGAGGUGAUGAAGAAGAUCCGCGAGUCCUACGAGAACGACGUCGCUGCCAUGAACCUGCAGUCAAACCUCAUUCCUGGGCUGAACCUGAACGCCCUGGGGCUCUUCCCCUCCUCCUCGGCUGCUGUCACCCCCUCUGUGAUGGGCGGUCCCCCCCCGGGAGCCCAGGCAGCGUACCCCUCGUUCGGGCAGCAACCCGAGUCGGAGACCGUCCACCUCUUCAUCCCGGCACUGGCGGUGGGCGCCAUCAUCGGCAAGCAGGGCCAGCACAUCAAGCAGCUGUCCCGAUUCGCCGGCGCCUCCAUCAAGAUCGCCCCGGCCGAGGGACCCGAUGCUAAGCAGAGGAUGGUGAUCAUCGCCGGGCCUCCAGAGGCCCAGUUCAAGGCUCAGGGAAGGAUAUUUGGGAAGUUGAAAGAGGAAAACUUCUUUGGUCCCAAAGAGGAGGUGAAACUGGAAGCUCAUAUCAAGGUGCCGUCGUACGCUGCGGGGCGGGUGAUCGGCAAAGGGGGAAAAACGGUGAAUGAGCUGCAGAAUCUCACCAGCGCAGAGGUGGUGGUUCCCAGAGACCAGACGCCCGACGAGAACGAUCAAGUCGUAGUCAAAAUCACCGGUCACUUCUAUGCAAGUCAGCUUGCCCAGCGGAAAAUUCAGGAAAUCCUGUCCCAGGUGAAGAGGCAGCAGCAGCAGAAGCCGAUCUCUGGGGCUCAGCCACUGCUGCGAAGGAAGUAGGUGGGAUUUCAGCACGGACCCGCCCCCUCCCGCCUCCCGCGGGCUAAUCAGAGACCAGCGCCUCGUCUCCAUGGGGACUGAACACCUCUGACCUGGACAUGUCUCUGCGAGCCUGAGGGUAGCACUUUUGUUUUUGUUUUCGGUUUUUUUUUUUUUGGUCUUUAACACCAGAAAUUGGAAGAGAAACACGAUCCCCUUCACUUUGGUGUGCUACGGUCACCUCCUCACGUACUGACAGGUUCUGUUCGUUUGCGUUUCCUAAAGGGUGUGUUUGACGUGUUAAUGAAGCUUUC